AUGUCGUCCCAAGUAUACAGAUCAACCAGGUCUGACAAGCCAGAAGAAUUGUCGUUUGAGGAUGUGGUAAUGACAGGUUUGGCACCUGAUGGAGGUCUUUAUUUGCCAUCAGAAAUUCCAAGUUUACCAUCCAACUUCCUUGACACUUGGAAAAACUUGUCGUUUAAUGAAUUGGCAUUCGAGAUAAUGAGAUUGUACAUUAGUGAAAAGGAGGUCCCAAAUGUGGAUUUGAAGGAUUUGAUAAAACGCUCUUAUUCAACUUUCAGAUCAGCUGAUGUCACCCCAUUGAAAAAGCUCGAUAACAAAUUGUACUUGUUGGAGUUGUUCCACGGUCCCACAUAUGCAUUCAAAGAUGUGGCCUUGCAAUUCGUGGGAAACUUGUUUGAAUACUUUUUGACAAGAAGAAACAGCAAAAAGGCUGAAGGGGAACCAAGGGAUAUCAUCACAGUUGUUGGUGCCACCUCUGGCGAUACCGGAUCGGCUGCAAUUUACGGAUUGAGAGGUAAAAAGGACGUUUCCGUUUUCAUCUUGUACCCUACUGGUAGAAUAAGUCCUAUCCAAGAGGAACAAAUGACCACGGUAGAGGAUUCCAAUGUGCACACAUUAUCCGUCAAAGGAACUUUCGAUGACUGCCAAGAUAUCGUGAAACUGAUCUUUGGAGACAAGGAGUUCAAUGACAAGUACCACGUCGGUGCCGUUAACUCCAUCAAUUGGGCAAGAAUCCUCGCUCAACAAACGUACUAUUUUUACUCAUUUUUCCAAUUGCAAAAGCAAGCUCAAGGGAAAAUCAGAUUUGUUGUUCCAUCAGGAAACUUUGGGGACAUUUUGGCUGGUUAUUACGCCUACAAGAUGGGAUUACCCGCAGACAAAUUGAUCAUUGCAACAAAUGAAAAUGAUAUAUUGGAUAGAUUCAUGAAAUCAGGGGAAUACGCCAAGCAACAAGAGGUUGGAGUCAAGGCCACCUAUUCACCUGCUAUGGAUAUUUUAAUCUCAUCCAAUUUUGAAAGAUUGUUGUGGUAUUUGAUUAGAGAUAACGUUACUGGAGGAAAUGACGAAAAGGCAGGUGCUGUUUUGAAUGACUGGAUGAAGCAGUUGAAAGAAAAUGGCAAGUUUACCGCCCCAAAGGAGGUGGUGGAAAAAGCUCGUGACAUUUUUGAUUCAGACAGAGUAGACAACGAGGCCACCAUUGAGACAAUUAAACAUGUUUAUUCAAACAGCUCGGAAAAGUACGUCAUAGACCCACACACUUCUGUAGGUGUCAAGACAUCACACAGAUUUAUUGAAAAAGAUACAGAGCCAGUACAGUAUAUUUCACUUUCAACUGCCCACCCCGCCAAAUUUUCCGAGGUUGUGAACAAAGCUCUCCAAGAAUUCGACGGCUACUCUUUUGAAAAAGAUGUGUUACCAGAAGAGUUGAAACAAUUGAGCACAAAGGAAAAGAGAAUCAAGCUCAUUGAUGAGCCAAGUAUCGAAAAAGUGAAGCAAGCCAUCAAGGACGAAUUAAAAUUCUAA